AUGGCGACACUGAGAAAUCCAGGAUCGCAAGGCUACGUGCCCCUGGCCGACGCUUCAUCAGAGAGUACCGAGGAUCAUGUAGUUUUCGAGCCAAUCAAAACAUGGAAAGGAUACAUAUGGGAUACCUGGGAACUACCGCAGGAUCAGAGGCGUUUACUAUUCAAGGUUGAUGCCUUUAUCUUGACCUUCGCAUCAAUAGGAUAUUUCCUCAAGAACAUCGACCAGACCAACAUCAAUAACGCGUUUCUAAGCGGCAUGCAGGAGGACCUUGAGAUGUUUGGUAAUCAGCUUGUGACUAACAUUAAACCCAAGGCACUUCGAUAUGGACAUUUGGCUAUGUCAUCGGGCAGAUACCGUCAAAUCUACUAUUGA